UAAGCGAGAUAAGUUUCGUUUUCCCGAUGUCACUGUUGUUAUGACGUGGUUUCUUGGAAUUUAUUUCCCUUAGAGACCUGUUAGGUUAGGAUAUUGUUUUUCCUCCACUUUACGGCUUGGUCGUGGAAGAGGAGACGUUUAUUCUCGUAUGAAAACAUUGAUAAUUUGGCUAAGCUUCAAUACAUAUGGCGGCUCUUUGUUUUGCCAUUUCUGCGGAAAUGAAAAUGAAAAUUUAGUUAGUGACAACAAGUAACAACUGUGACUUGGUGUGACUUGGGACUUAGUGAGUUGAUCUGAGUCUUAUUGUUGUCAACGUUGCACGUUUCAGACGUCUAAAAGGCAACUGGAAAUACCUGUUUAGGUAGGGGUAUAGGCAACGAUUCCACGUGCCACACUGUCCCAUCACUGAGCUGUCUAUAAUUCAGGGUAAACGAGGCAUGGCCCAGUGGGAGAGGCUGCAGCAGCUGGACCCCCUGUAUCGGCAGAAGGUGCAUGAGCUGUAUGACCGGGAAGAGUUGCCAAUGGAUGUGCGCCACUAUCUAGCCCCCUGGAUUGAGAGUCAAGAAUGGGAUCGUGCAGCGAUGGAUCCACAAUUGGCUGUGGUCCUCUUUCAGGUCCUCCUGGAGAAUCUGGACAACCAAUACAGCCGCUUUUUGCAGGAGGGGAACGGGGAGAGCUUUGUGUUGCAGUGUAGUUUCCGAAGAUUCAAACAGAACUUUCAGCGGUACCAAGAGGAGCCGUAUACUCUGGCUAAAAUCAUUCAGUGGUUCCUUACCAAAGAGAGAGAGAUUCUACGCAUGGUUGAGCUGCCUGACCAGGUGCAGUUGUUGCAGGUUCAGCAAGGCAACAUGGAGACGGACAGCGAGCGAAACAUGCAGAAGAAGGUGGAGGAAGUGCGGCACAAAGUGCAGGUGAUGGAUCACACUGUGAAGUGUUUGGAAGAGCAGCAAGAUGAGUUUGACUUCAAGUUCCAGACCCACAAAAUGGAAGGACCUAUUACUCCUGAAGAUCAGAAGGUAUUGCAAAUGAUGCUCAACCGUUUGGAUCAGUCCCGCAGGUCUCUGCUGUCCAACCUGACAGAUCUGCUGAUCUUGAUGGAGGAAGCAAUGUCUUUGCUGGUGGAAGAUGAGCUUGUGCAGUGGAAAUGGAGACAACAGAAGUCCUACAUCGGAGCCCCCGAAGACACAAGUCUGGAGAAACUUGAGCAAUGGUUCACAUCUAUGGCUGAGGGUAUGUUCCAGAUUCGAGAGUUCCUGCAGAAGCUUGAGGAGUUGUCUGGAAAAGUAUCCUACGAAAAGGAUCCCGUCUUAUCCCAGAAGCCUUCGCUGCAACAACGGGCUGACAGCAUCCUUACCACUCUGCUCAAGAGUGCUUUUGUGGUGGAGACUCAGCCCUCCAUACCACAGGGGAAGGGGCCUCUUGUGCUGCGCACCAAUGUUCAGUUCUCUGUCAAAACCAGGUUCCUUGUGAAGGUCCCAGAACUGAACCACUCCAUGCAGGUGACAGUUACUAUGGACAAGGAUGCUCCUCAGGUGAAAGGGUACCGGAAGUUCAAUGUGUUGGGCACGGCGACCAAGGCCCUGAACAUGACAGAGAGCAUGCAGGGAGGCAUGGUGGCCGACUUCAGACACCUGACGCUCAAGGAGCAGAAGGUGGGAGCAGGAGGGAAAGGCAUCAGUGAUCUCUCUCUAAGUGUCACAGAGGAGCUCCACAUCAUAAACUUUGAGACAGAGUUUAACCAUAAUGGCCUGUCGGUUAAGCUAGAGACCUCCACCCUUCCGGUUGUUGUGAUCUCGAACUCCAGUCAACAGCAGAGUGCCUGGGCUUCUGUGCUGUGGUUCAACAUGCUGUGUUCUGACCAUAAGAAUGUGCUGUUUUUUGCAAACACAACGCCAGCCCCUUGGGCCAAGGUAGGGGAGAUGCUGAGUUGGCAGUUUCUGUCGGCCGCUGGAAGAGGCCUAGACACGAAUCAGCAGGACAUGAUCGCUCAAAAACUGUUUGGAAAGCAACAGAGCUACGACGCCUGCACCAUCUCCUGGGCCAGGUUUAGCAAGGAAAAUGUCCCAGAGAACAGCUUCUCUUUGUGGGUGUGGUUGGACGGCAUCCUUUCCCUGGUAAAGACCUAUCUGGCUGAUGUCUGGAAAGAUGGCUCAGUGAUUGGGUUCAUCAGUAAGGGCAGGGAGAAGACCCUUCUGAAGAAGAGGAUGGACGGCACCUUCCUGCUGAGAUUCAGCGAGAGUAUAAAAGAUGGAGGAGUCACGUUCAGCUGGGUUGAGACCGACUUGCAGGGUAACAGAAAUGUGCGGAGUGUUCAACCUUUCACCAAGACCGAUAUGAGUCAGAUCCCAUUCGUUGAGAUCAUCCGAAACUUCCAGAUCCUGGAGGCAGGGAACAUUCCAGAAAACCCACUGCGCUACCUUUACCCUGACAUACCCAAAGACAGAGCAUUUGAGAAAUAUUACACAGAAAAGGGCGGAGAGGACAGUCCAUACAUCAAAUACAUCAAGACCAAGUUAAUGUUUGUGUCCAAAGAGAGCGGGACUGAGGGCAAACAGCCAAUGAACAGUCUGUGUUUGCAGCACUGCGAUGAGGUCACAGCUCCAGAUGAUCCUCUGGCAGACUCCAUGGACAAGUUCUUAAACUGUGACGGGGAAACACCUUUGCUGAGUGGUGGUGUGUCAGACAUGGAUGAAGACCUGUUUCAGAAGUUUCUCAAUGACCCAAAUAUGCUGGAUGGGAUGAAUAUGCCGGAAACUAGCCUCCCAGAUCUCAUCCUUAGCCAACUAGAAUAAACCUGCAUAGCAUAGCGCCUUGUUUUAGCCAAACAUGCACCUUUUUUUAGCCAAACAUGCACCUUUUUUUAUUUGUUUUCAUCCCCUCAGAGUCCCCUCAUGAUAUCUGACAUGGACAUUGUCAAAUGUAUUGCCAACCUUAAAUAAUUAUCAGUGGAGAGGAAUAUGUUGGCAUGCACUCCUUAGCUGUAGUGACAGCAAAACAGUGUGCAUUGGCAAUUCUAUCCCAUUUUAUUUGUAUUGAUUGAGGAAUUGCUAGUAGUAACUAGUCCCAAUAAGGCACUUUACUGACAUAAGUAUGACUAUAAGAAGCACUUACCACAAGGUACAAACAAUGGCUCAAUUCAGAAUCUCCUAGGACCAGUUUCUCAUACAUAGAUUAACUUAAUCAUUGCAAUCUUUUUCUCAAAGGAGAUCUUCAUUGAAGUUCUUUUUUAGUUCAUGUAUAGGAAACCAGCCUCUAGAGUCUUAUUUUUUCCUCACAAUCUGACUACUUUGUUAUUCAUUGACAGCUCAUUCAUAUUUACCAAAUUAAUAUAAUUUUUCUUUUUUUUUUUUGUAGUGUAGUUCUCACCAGCUAAACGUUAUAUGUUUGGUAUUUCUUGGUUGUUAUUCCUACAAUUUCAUUUGCAUUCAUUGUGGUCUGCGUCCGUAUGGAUUCAUUCUAGUGUAACGCUUGUGUUUUGAUCAUCAUAUAUAAAAUGUGAUUGAAAGAGAAUGGUAUAUUAAAACAAACUACUAGCUUGGUGUCAAUAGGCCAAAGGUUUAUGUUCUGACUUCAGAGAGUGAAAGUCCUACCACAUAUUUAUUUUAACCAUUCACUAAACCAGUUAAUCCUUACCAGUGCAACUCUUUAGCCAGGUAUAUCAGCUCCUUGGCAAUGUCACCUGUAUUAAGUACACAGACAGAAGGAAUACGUGGCAGGACCUUUACUUUUUGAUGCCAGGAUGUUCACACAUGUUCAAUUAGUGAGCAUUUAGUAAUCCCGUGUAAGAUGUGAACAAUAGGCAGACCAAGUCCUGAGAUGGAAUUGGAUCAAUUACAAUUACUCUUUUGAUCACCCCUCUAGAACUCGUUGCCAGCUAGGAUGACUAAGAUUCUUUCUGCCAAGACUAUUCAGAUUUUAGUCCCUGUGAAAAUUAGAGUCAAUCAUUUUCACUGUGCAUGCAAACACUAAGGACAUCGAAAUGUGACGAUAUUACAACACACAUAAUGGUCAUGCUUACACUCAAUCAGAGCUGCCAUAGUAAGAAGUUUUGAAAAUACAACUUCUGGGAAGAAACGUUUUAGUGGUUGUGUACAGUAUUGACUUUAUGAGAAUGAGAUAUGAAGUCCAUCAUGAAUUUAGCUUCUGCUGAUUUGUAAUCUCGCUUUGACAUAUUGCAUUUUGGCACCUGUAUUACUAUGUCUGACUUGAAUAUCUUUUCAGUGCAUACUAGCAAAUCUAAAAGUCUUGUGCUUUUUGUGGGCUAGGUUAAAAAAUGUGAAAUGGAAAAGUUUGAAGCUUUUGAUACUCGACCAGUUUCCCCAAUAUGACUGGAAAACAGUAAUCUUUUAAUUGGCAAAAUAAUACGAUGUCUUAACCAUGCACUUUUUAAAGAAAAUAAAUGACCAUAUUUGUAGUGCUAUGUAUUUUAAGAUGCAAUGCCGACUUAAAUGGUACAAUUUGUUUUUUUAUUCUUUGGUUAAAUGACUGGACACAAGCUACUAUGAUGUUGAAGCUUGUAAGUGCACUGAUUUUUCCUUGUAUUCCCCAAUGCAGUGCACACCAUAACUGUGUGUGACUUGGACAAAAGGCCAAACAUAAGAACAUGUAUUCUCUUCUUUAUGUAAAUAAAGUCUCCCAUGUAGAA